GAGAAAAUGGACGUUAAUCUAACUGGAGUCAAACAAAGCAAAGGCGUGUGGCUCGUAAAGGUUCCCAAGUAUUUAGCUCAACAAUGGGACAAAGCCACAGAAAAGGGAGAAGUAGGGAAGAUCACCAUUGGAAAGAAGCAUGGCAAAACAGAGGUACAUUUCAGUCUGAGUGAGGAGCUGGCUGCUGUGGGGGAGAAGGAUGCAUCGCUGAAGGUGCCAAGGGAUCAUCCCUUCACCAUGCACGCAGUGGGCGGACAGACCUUAGCUGUCUUCAGCCAGCGCGACAAAGAUGAAAUCAGUCUGGAGGGGAUGGUGGUGCACAGAGCUGAAUGCAGACCAGUCGUCAAUGACAACUACAUGAAGCUGAAGAAGCUGCAGAUGCAAGAGUCCUCCAAACCUCAGCGUUUGUCUCAGCAGCUGGAGAGAGCCAUCACUACUGUCUUCAAGCCUGUGGCCAACCACGAUUUCAAUGUGGAGUAUGAGAAGAAGAAGAAGUCAGAGGGGAAGAUGGUGCGAGCUGAGCGGCAGGUGGUGUUGGACAUGCUUUUCUCUGCUUUCGAGAAACACCAGUACUACAACAUUAAGGACCUGGUGGACAUCACCAAGCAACCUGUGACCUACCUGAAGGAGAUCAUGAAGGAAAUCGGUUCGUAUAACAGUAAGGGAGCUCACAAAAGCACCUGGGAACUGAGACCAGAGUACCGACACUACCAGUCUGCUGAGGAAGAGGAGGAGAUGCAGACCACCUAG